AUGUAUUUGAAAGUGUUUGCGAAGUCAACUAACUUUUUGAGAAUAAACUACGCUUUAAACCAAGUUCAAAUCUAGGACAUAUUUGCUGAUCCAAUAAGACUAGAAUAGAUUGAGGAAAGUUUGUUUAAAUGGGAAAAUACAGUGUUACUUUCUUUUACUAAUAACAAGCAAAGUCUUGGAUUAUUUACAAAAGAAAACAAUUUGAUUAGAAACAUAAUUCAAUCAGUGCCUUAGGAUAUGUUAAGAAAUCUAAAUCAGAAAUAGAUGUAAAAUAAUGUGAAUACUAUCGCUAUAAUAAAAAAUAAUAACUCAAGUAAAUUUGGAAAUGGUUUGAGCGAUUCUGGUUCAAGCAAACUACUUAAAAUCUAAAUGUCAUAUUUCGCACUUGGAAACGAAGGUGCUCUCGAUUUCGGGAAAUUUGCUGUGGAAAAAAUGAAAUCUAAAAAGGACCCAGUAGACCUUGAAAUUGAGGAUUAGAAAUACGGAGAAAUGGUCUUUAAAGGUGUAACUAGAUAUGAGUCCAUUGAUCCAGAAAAUCUUUUGAACUUCUUUCAUAUAGCUAUGACAUUUUGGAAUCCUUCAGAUUAAAAUAGCAAGAGGAAAACGAAUUUGCAUAUAGUUGAUCUGGCUGUUCCAGUUCAGACCAUAGACACCUCCUUCAAUAGUCUUAAUACUUUCCUUGCACAUUCACUUACUAGCAUUUCUACAUUCUUAAAGGAGUUCUACUCAAAUAAAGUAGUAACUGGAGUGGAUUUUGAAAGUAAUUACCUUACGAGUUAAGAGGACUACAAAGAUGAAUCUAAAUAAAUUCUCUAAUUUACCCAAUAGUAAUAUAACAAUAUUAUUUACGUUAUCUAUAGGAUUUAAGGCAAAUUUAAUAAUGGAGAUGAAUCAGGUAAUGGUGGAUCAACAUCACCAAAAAAUCCACAUUAGGCAGCUGAAUCAGCUUAGUCAAAUUAAAUGGUAGAUAAGCUGUCUAGAGAGAAUAAUGACCUCAAAAAAUAAAUUGACUACAUGAAAAAAUCAUAUAAAUCAAAGCUAGAUGAAUUUAGAAUAAUGCUGGGAGUUGAUGCUGAUCUAGAGGCAUUAAUCAAAGCAAGGCCUAAUUCAAAAGAGCAAUAAGUUUUGAAAUUUUACAAAGAGGCUAGAGAGAGGGCUGAAACUCUGGGAAGAAUCAAUAGAGAUUUGGAGAAAAAGUUGAAUCAUCUAUAAAAUGAAGUAGAUUUGAUAAGAAAUGAAAAGACUGACUUGGAAAACAAGUACUGGCGCCAAUUCAGAAGUAUGGAAAGUAAAAUCGACAAAAUGAAGCAAGACAUUAACUCUCAUGACAAGGAGUAUUAGGAAUAGAUAGAGGAUGUUAAACAACUUAGAUAGGUCCAUGUAAAUAAUGUACUUGAUAAGGACCAAGAAGUAUUGGAUAAGAAUGGUACAGUAAUAUUUUAAAUCAGAGACAACAUUGAAAACAAUACUGGAUUGAUAGGCAAGAUGUUUGACGCCUAAGACCAAGCUAAGAGAGAUGCAGAGCAUUUGUAUAAGAGAGACUUGCUCUAGAAAAAAAGAGAACAUAAAGAGGAGGUUGCUAAUCUUAAAGAGCAGUAUGCUUAUUUGUUAAAAGCAUCAGAUGAUAAAUUACAAGGAUUUGUAUCAGAAUUUAAAAUUCUUAAAUAAGAAGCACAGUAAGUGCUCUACCAGUCUCGAGAUGAGUUACUCUAGCUCUAUGAAAUGGUGCAAUAGUAAAAAUCAUUGAUAUUAAGCAUUGAAGAUGGAAAGUACACUCAAGGAAUGCACACUCAUUAUGUACCUCCAGCCUUAAAGCCUUUAUCUCCAAAUAAAGACUUCUAUAAAUAGCUAUUCGAAGCAUUAAACAAAAAAAAGGUCAAAGAGAGCAUUUCAACUUUUAACUAUGUUGACAAAACCACUAGAAAGUAACUAGAUAGAGAAGAAUUUAUUGAGAAAAUUAUGAUGCAAACUAUGGAAAUCAAAUAGAAAAGUCAGAUUGAAAUACAAAAAUGGGAGGAAAGGAUGUAAAGUGUGGAUUUUGAGAAAUUAAAUAAUUACUUCACAUCAACUAGCAGUUAAACUUCUUAGAAACAAAAGCCAGGAAUGAAAAACAAAACUCCAACCAAUCAAAAGAAGUCAUAAUAAAGACCUAUUCAGCAAAAAAAGAUGCAAUCGCCAAUGAGAAGUGAAGUUUAGCUUUAAAAAUCAAGUACUUUGAGAUUGGACUAAGCUAUAAAAUCAACAAGUAUUGAAGAAAUAGAUUCCUCUAAGUUGAACUAUACUGAUAUCCAAACACUUAUUAAAGAAUUGCAAUUCGAGUAUAAAAAACUAUAGUAAUCGAACCUUAAUCCCUAAGUAUUAUAGGGCGAGUCAGAGAGGAUAUUCAAUGAGGCAAAAUUUAAUCGUACAUACCAAAAUCAAUUCGGUUUCAUGCAAACAGUAAAUCUUAACAAUAUAAACACGAAUCUCCCAGGCUCAUCGAGACCUUAAACUAGACAGCUCAUAUCAUCUUAAAGCGCUUUCAGACUUAAUUAGAAUAACAGUGGUCAAAGUACUUAAGGAUAAACUUAGAGUAAUUUUAUGAGACUUGGUUUGCAAUCAGGUUACGGUCAAAGAAAAAGAAGUGAUUUUAGUAAGACAACUGAGAUUGCUGAGAUGAGUAAUCCAAAUAUUGAAUAACAGAAGUAAUAAGAAAACUAGAAAAAUUAAGGUGGAGGAAUGUUUCAGAGCCGAGGUCUAAGUAGGGGAAAUGCUCAUGGCUAAAGCACUGGAUCAAUCAUAUAAAUAAGUAGUGCUUUUAAUAAGCUAAAUAAUAAUUACUAAGGACUUUUCAAAGUUUGA